UGACGGAGCGUUCGGGUUCGGUUUCAGGAAGUAGCCACACUCUCACAACAGCGGCGCAUAACCCCGGUCUCUUGCCAAAUUAUGACAAAUUUUUCAAACUUGCUUCGUAAAUGUGGCCAUAACACGGGACACUUUCAAUGCACAUUCAGUCCGAUGCCUGGUCAAAGCUUACUACCGGGAGAUUUCGGAGUUUUUUUUUUUUCGUUCAUUUGAACCACUUUGCUAACGUUUGUAGCAGGGUGUCAAAUUAGCGAAAACAGCUAAUGUGGCAGUAACUUCAGCUGGAUUAAGAUUCACAACAAGUGUUCAUAAAUAGAGGACAAUGCCACGCUUGCAGUCUGGCGUGUGGAAGCAUUUUACCCCAGCCAUCAAAGAUGGGAGGGAAACCUUCAUGUGCAACUACUGUUCAAAGACAUACACAAAGAACGCUACCAAGAUGCAGAUGCAUUUGGACAAAUGCAAGGAGUACUCUGUGGUUUCGCAGGGGUCACCGGGCCCAGACGGGAGCUCCUCUGCCUCCAUCCCUGUUCCCUCCUUCUCGUUCUUACCAUCUGCCACUCCUGGGGGACAGUUCCUCAUUGAUUCAGUGGAUCAGCGCAGCCAGGCGUAUGCUGACGAGUGUCUGGCGAGAGCUGUGUAUGCCACUUCCUCACCCCUCACUCUCACAGACAAUAUUUACUGGAAACGAUUUUUCAGCGUGCUCAGGCCUGCUUACUGUCCACCCACAAGAGAGGCUUUGUCCUCUCAUCUGUUGGACUGUGAGUAUGACAGAGUACAAAACCAGGUUCAUGAGGCAAUAGGAAAAGCAGACUGUGUCACCAUCAUCUGCAGCGGCUGGUCAAACAUAAAGGAAACUGGAACUAUCAUUUAUAUUGUUGCAACUCCUGUACCGCUGUUCUAUAAAUGCACAAAGACAAAGGAGCAGUCACAUGCAAGCACAGUCAUUGCAGAGGAACUGAAAGAUAUCAUAAAUGAAGUUGGUCCUCAAAAGGUCUUUGCUGUCAUCACUGAUGAUGCCCCAGAAAUGACGGCUGCUUGGACUCAAGUAGAGGACACCUUCCCACACAUUACAGCUAUUGGCUGCACAGCAUGUGGCAUUCAGCAGCUCUUUGACGGCAUGGUGGCACAACCAUCCAUUAAGGCAUUGUGCAGGAGAGCUGAGCAGGUAGUGAGGUAUGUUAGAGAGCAAAAAAUAUUAGCAGAGACUUUUAGAUGCUGGCAGACUACAAAGAUAAGAAACCACAGUUGUAAUGGAACAACACUGGCACUGCCUACUAGCUCUGACUGGACGGGUGUGCUUAACAUGUUCAACGGCCUCCUGGAGGGUCAGAACUCUCUACAAGAGAUGGCUGUCUCACCCACACUGAAUGUCGAAGCAUCCAUCGGUGCCACUUUACAGGAUUCUGGAUUUUGGAAAGGGUUGAGUAGCAGUCAAAACCUGCUCAACUUGAUCGGGAAUUCUAUUGAUUACAUGAAAAGAGAAGAUGCUGUGCUCUCUGGUGUUGUUGACAUGUUCAGUCAGUUAAGAUACCACAUUGGGGCCUCACUGUCCGGGUCUGUGCUGAACAGCGCUGAACAGAAAGCUGUCAUGGCAUUAUUAGACAGGUGUCAGGAGUUCUGUGUAAAGCCCAUCCACCUAGCAGCUUACAUGCUGGAUCCAAAGUAUGUUGGACAGCAGACACUCUCCGGGGAGCAGAUAAACAGGGCUUACUACGUGAUAUCCAACCUGUCACACCAUCUGAAUCUUGAUGAGGGUAAAGUGCUCGGCAGCUUUGCCAGGUUCUCAGCCAAACAGGGACUGUGGAAGGGGGCUGGGAUAUGGAGCUCAUGCCAGCAUGUGUCUGCAUCCACCUGGUGGAAAGGGCUGUGCUCCUCUGAGCCGCUCUCCGCUGUGGCCUCUGCUAUACUCCAGAUCCCUCCGACAACAGGUGCUUGCGAGCACCUACGGUCACGCUUCUGCAAUACAAAGGUCCAAGGUUGUCUCUCAGCUGACAGCGUGCAGAAACUGGUAGCUGUACAGGUGAAUCUCAACCUUUUAGAGCCAGGUGAUUGUGAGUAUGCGCCGCUGGAGAGCGAGGAAGAGAGGAAAGUUUCAUUUCAGUCUGAGACUCAGUAGUAAAAUAGAGUGAGGUAUCUAGGAGAUAUGUAGAGCAGACUACAUGGACUGUGAUUCUCAUUCAAUGAGAAGGAAAUUUAAAAAAAGUCUUACGAGUCCACAAAAUACAGACAGCUUACUAAUUAACUGAAGGAUUAAAAUGAUGAAAUGUAAAUUUCCCAUGAAAUGUAUGGAGUUAGUCUGAACUUCCUCAGCUGUGAUUGCACUUAGGUCACAAUCCUCUCUUCACUCCAAGGCCUGUGAAAAAGUGAAAUGCACACGGAGUGACUGAAUCGGAUGCCUUUCAUGUGUUUUAAUCUAUACAAUGCAUACUCAUGUAGUAAGUUUUUUUAUUACAGUUUCAACUAGUAUGUAUCAACUUUAUAAUCACGUGAAAUAUUAACAAAUUAAGGAGUUUGAAUCUUCUUUCUUAGACCGUUUACAUGGUGUAAAUAAAAGCAUUGUAUUUAUUGAAGAAAUGGUC